AUGCGCUUCUCAGGCUGCGUUCCGAUCGGACAACAGGAGCAGCUGGCUCUGCUGCUCUCGAGGGCUCGCGAGGACGCAGCCCAACUGAAGACGGCUCUGGAGGCAGCCGAGGCUGCUCGUAUCGUCUCUGAGGCGGCUGCCGAGGGUCGAGCUGAGGCCGUGGAGGCAACCGGGCAGGUGGCACGUCUAUUGGCUGAGUUUGAGACUCGCACCGGACAGACGGGUCUGCAGGCGGCAGUGGCCGGUCGUCUGAUAGACUGGCAGACCAGGUUGGCCGAAUUGCGGGUUGCCGAGGCCACGCAGAGACGACAGGUGAGACCGUUUGAUGCGAAUACUGCUACAUUGAAAUAG